CAUCGCUGUCACCUGCAGCUAAGGAAAUCCUAGACACGAUCUACUUACAGUGUAUUGCCCUUCCACUGGACACAAAUUACAUUCUUCGUGUCAAGGUAGAGGACAAUAAUUGGAGUAUACAGCAUACUGGGAGAAGAUUGAUCCAAACGGUAUGGUGUGGGUGUGAUGGUGGAAGCCUGGGGUGUGGUGUUGUUUGCCUCCCAUGGCUAUUACCACUAUGGACUCUGAGUCGGCCCAGACGCCUCAACCCCAGGGCUCCCUGAGUAAAGGGGGCAGCUCUCUGCUGCCAGGUGGGGGUCUGGGUGCCUGGCUGGGGCCUCAAGGGAAGCACUAUGUCUGUGGUUCCAUUGCAGCCUUUACGAACAUCGUAGUGACUUUCCCUAUCCAAAAAGUGCUUUUCCGCCAGCAGCUGCAUGGUGUGCUAGCCAUGGAAGCAGUGCGGCAGCUCCAAAGGGAUGGGCUAAGGAACCUGUAUCGAGGCUUGCUGCCACCACUGCUCCAGAAAAGUACAACAGUGGCCAUCAUGUUUGGCUUAUAUGAGGACUUUUCCAGGGUCUUGCUGGAUAGGGGAUGCAGCAGUGGUGUUCCAGAGCUGGCCACACGAAGCUUUGCUGCAGCACUGGCUGGGACUGCCGAAGCCAUCCUGAUGCCAUUUGAACGUGUACAGACUCUACUGCAGGACCACCGACACCAUGGCCGCUUCAACAAUACAGCCCACACCUUCCGAACACUUCUGACGGAGAAUGGGGUCAGAGAAUGCUACCGUGGCCUAGUGCCUGUGCUGCUCCGCAAUGGGCCUAGCAAUGUGCUCUUCUUUGGGCUCCGCGGCCCCAUUAAGGAGCAGCUCCCAGAAACCAGUAGCCAGAUGGGCAACAUCGUCAAUGAUUUUGUGUGUGGAGGGGUGCUAGGUGCAGCCCUCGGGAUCAUGUUCUACCCAUUAAAUGUUGUGAAGUCAAGGGCACAGUCCCAGGUAGGGGGCGCCUUCCGGCCCUGUGGGGAGGUGCUGCUGACAGUGUGGAGAGAGAGGGGCAGCAGCCUUGCAAUGCUGUUCCGAGGGGCCCACCUCAACUACCACCGCUCACUCCUCUCUUGGGGGAUCAUCAAUGCCACCUAUGAGCUGUUGCUUAAAGUCAUAUGAGAUGUGGCAAUGAGAGGGUGGAAGAAAUAUGAACAAAUGGUGAUCGAGAGAGGGAGAGAAAAUAUGAAAAGUGGGGAAAAAAAUUUAUUGAGAGAUAUGGCUUCUUUUCUGAGAAACUAUGAAUGCAGAACUCAGAUAGACGUACUGUAUAGCACUCUAUGUGGGGUAUAGGAGUUUCCAUGACAGAGUGAUGAAGCUGCACUACUGACAGGGGCCAACAGUCAGUGCAAGAUAACUACCUGCCAUUGUGACUGCUUGCACAUGUCUCAAUAUAGAAACAACAUGCACACUUAAGCCUAUAUAAAACUUGUGCCAGGGUCCAAAUUGAAAUACCCACUUUUUUCCCCAUGUAUAUGAGCUUUGGUGGAGCAAAGUGAAAUUGAGGACGGAAAGCUUUUGUUAGAAGCAAAGGUUAUUUGAGUGUAUGAACUGUUUUUCAAGAGAACCUGUUUCAGUGUAUCUGUUGUGUGCUGUGGUACCUGUAAACUAUACUUUUUAAAACCUAAGAGCACCUCCCCUGCAAAGCUGUAAUUUCAUCGAAUCAGUUCAAUGCAUUUUUAAUUUGUCCUUUGAAGAUGCUUAUUUGUCUUUGGAUUGCCUCUCUACUCGGCCUUUUUCCAUGGUAGCCCAACAUGUAACUGGGCUCUAAAAAAAUGGUUCUUGAAAUUUAAUUUUUGUUUUUAGCUCGGCAUCGGUAAACAAAUGUUUAAAGCCCUUAGGAAACCCAGAAAAAUGAAUUUGAACAGUUUCUUCUCAUCAGUAUGACUAAUCUGUGCCAUUCAAAGUAAAUAUUGAAGUAUUUUGUCCUAAGGUGUUUGUCUCAGUUUCUCUUCUGCAGUGCUACUGGUAGUGUAUACGUGUUUUUGAGCUUUGACAAGUGCCCACUGGUGUAUGUUCAAGUAAAACAUACAGUUAUGUAACACCCAGUCCUUGUGUCCUUUUUUUUAACAUGUGGACUCAAAAAAUAAACGAUAGAAGACCUG